AUGCCCAUCCUGCUCCAACGCCUCGGCCGGCGCUUGCUGGAACCCCCGUGCCUGGCAGGAGGGGUGGCUGAGGAGCCCCGGGGGAACAGCAGUGCCCACCCACCCAGCCCCGGAGGGGACCUGGCCAGGGGUGUCACCCUGGCACUGAAGACCCUGCCACCUGGGCACUCUUCGUCACCAGGUGACAUUGGAGGGCAGAUGGGGCUGUUCAUUGGGGCCAGUAUCCUCACAGUACUGGAGCUGUUUGACUACGCCUACGAGGUGAUAAAGCACCAGCUGUGCCGGGGGGGCAAGUGCCGCAAGAGCCACAAGAGGAACAACUCGGACAAGGGCGUCGCGCUGAGCAUGGACGACGUGAAACGCCACGUAAGUGCUGGUGCAAAAAAGAAGAAGAUGGCUGACAAAAUUCUACCUCAGAGGAUUCGAGAGCUGGUGCCCGAGUCUCAGGCCUACAUGGACCUUCUGGCUUUUGAAAGGAAACUGGACCAGACCAUCAUGAGGAAGCGCCUGGAUAUCCAGGAGGCUUUGAAGAGACCCAUUAAGCAAAAACGAAAGCUGCGGAUUUUUAUCUCCAACACCUUCAACCCAGCCAAGUCAGAUGCAGAGGAUGGGGAAGGAACAGUUGCCUCCUGGGAGCUCCGGGUGGAAGGACGACUGCUGGAAGAUUCUGCUUUGUCCAAAUAUGAUGCCACCAAGCAGAAAAGAAAGUUCUCAUCCUUCUUUAAAUCUCUGGUCAUUGAACUUGAUAAAGACCUGUAUGGCCCUGACAAUCACCUGGUAGAGUGGCACAGAACUGCUACCACUCAGGAGACAGAUGGCUUCCAGGUGAAGAGGCCAGGGGAUGUCAACGUGCGCUGCACUGUCCUCCUGAUGCUGGAUUACCAGCCCCCCCAGUUCAAGCUGGACCCCCGCUUGGCUCGUCUCCUGGGGAUUCACACCCAGACCAGGCCUGUGAUCAUCCAGGCCCUCUGGCAAUACAUCAAGACCCACAAGCUGCAGGACCCCCACGAGCGGGAGUACGUCAUCUGUGACAAGUACCUGCAGCAGAUAUUUGAAUCUCAGCGGAUGAAGUUCUCUGAAAUCCCACAGAGGCUCCAUGCCUUGCUCAUGCCCCCGGAACCCAUCAUCAUUAAUCAUGUCAUCAGUGUUGACCCAAAUGACCAGAAGAAAACUGCUUGCUAUGACAUUGAUGUGGAGGUGGAUGACACCUUGAAAACACAGAUGAAUUCUUUCCUGCUCUCCACUGCCAGCCAGCAGGAAAUUGCUGCUCUGGAUAAUAAGAUUCAUGAAACAAUAGAGACAAUUAACCAGCUGAAGACCCAGCGGGAGUUCAUGCUGAGCUUUGCCCGAGAUCCUCAGGGCUUCAUCAAUGACUGGCUGCAGUCCCAGUGCCGUGAUUUAAAGACAAUGACUGAUGUUGUUGGGAAUCCUGAAGAGGAGCGUCGAGCUGAGUUCUACUUCCAGCCCUGGGCUCAGGAAGCUGUGUGCAGAUACUUCUACUCCAAGGUGCAGCAAAGGCGGCAGGAACUGGAGCAGGCCCUGGGGAUCCGGAACACAUAG